UCACAUCCACAAAUCCAAAAAAAAAGGAAGGGAAAAUUUCAAAGGAUAAGCAACCUUCCAGAUUACACCAUUACUAAGGGAGUUGAGCGAGGAAAUCCCUAUCUCCUCCGCCCUUUAACUUUAGUAAGCUACAACGAUUCGAUAAUUCUGAGUCUAUUAGAUUCCGACUAAUCCUAACUCGACCUGAGUUACUUCAACCUUACAAACUACAAAGUGUAGCACCACAUUCUAGAUAGAUUAAAUAAUAAUUUCAAUCUUGAUUUCAUUUCAUUAUUGACAAUGUCAAUUUCUCUACAAUUCUUAACCACUUCUUCCCCAACAACCGCCGCCGCCGCCGUUGUCGCCGCCUCUUCUUCUCUAAUUCCGCAGUCAGGAGCACUCUUUCGAUUUCUCCGGAAUCAUCAUAGACAGAUAGUUUGUUAUUCUAAUGGAGUUGGACCCUUGUUAAAUGGAGGAAGUAAACUAAAUUUGAUUAGACCCAAACCCGUUUUAUUCACUUCUUCGGGUCAUUAUUCGGGUCGAUUAUCAAAGGGUUUUGAAGAUUCUCGACGUACUAUCGCCGCCGCUUCUGACGGUUCUGAUUCUAUCGAAGAUGAUGAACCCUUUAAAGAUGCUGCUGAAAUUGUGAGUGAUGCUGAAGAAGAGGAGUUUGGGUUUGAUCUUCCUGAUGUUGACCGUUGGGAUGUUUUGGGUCUUGGCCAAGCUAUGGUUGACUUUUCGGGAGUUGUCGAUGAGGAAUUUCUUGAGAGGUUGGAUUUAGAAAAGGGGACAAGGAGGCUUGUGCACCAUGAGGAAAGAGGUAAAGUUUUGCGUGCAAUGGAUGGUUGUAGCUACAAGGCUGCUGCUGGUGGAUCAUUGUCCAAUAGUUUGGUUGCUCUUUCGAGGCUUGGGAGUCUUCCUGUCGGAGGGCCUGUUCUGAAUGUUGCCAUGGCGGGUAGUGUUGGUAGUGAUCCAUUGGGUGGAUUCUACAGGGCCAAAUUGCGUAGAGCAGGUGUUGAUUUUCUGUCUACACCACUCAAGGAUGGGACAACUGGGACAGUUAUAGUUCUCACGACUCCUGAUGCCCAGCGCACUAUGCUUGCAUAUCAGGGAAAAUCCUCCAAAAUUAACUAUGAUUCUGGACUGUCCGACAUAGUUUCCAAGACAAGCAUUCUUGUUGUUGAAGGCUAUUUAUUUGAACUCCCAGAUACUAUUAAAUCAAUAACAAAAGCAUGCAAAGAUGCACACAGCAAUGGAGCCCUUGUUGCAGUUACAGCAUCAGAUGUGUCCUGCAUUGAGCGGCACUAUGAUGAUUACUGGGAAAUAAUAGGGAACUAUGCUGAUGUAAUUUUUGCAAAUAGUGAUGAAGCUAGAGCUCUGUGUAAUUUUUCAUUGAAGGAAAGCACAGCUUCUGCAACAAGGUAUCUAAGCCAUUUUGUCCCACUUGUGUCUGUGACUGAUGGGCCCCAAGGAUCCUAUAUUGGGAUCCGAGGAGAAUCUGUAUACAUUCCUCCAUCACCUUGUGUACCAGUAGACACAUGUGGAGCAGGAGAUGCCUAUGCUUCGGGGAUUUUGUACGGUAUAUUACGAGGAGUAUCAGAUGUAAAAGACAUGGGUACAUUAGCAGCUAGGAUUGCAGCUGUAGUUGUUGGCCAACAGGGGACUCGGCUUAGAGUUCAAGACGCUGUUGAAUUGGCAGAGUCAUUUGCUUUCCAUCUUGAGGAUUCCUCUAUUUGACUGGAAUAUAUCUGUUCCUCUGUGCCUUCUUGUAUGUUGAAUACACCAUCAUUCCAUAUUAGUUCACUUGUUCAUAGUAAUGUUUAUUCUUCAUUGUACAUCAUAUUCCAAAAUAGGAAAUCACUUUACUUUCUUCCCUUUUCCUCCAUUGAUGUCCUCUACUCCUCUUGGCUAAAUAUGUUGAUGCCCUUAGGAUUUAGCACUGCCUUAGGUAACGAAAUCAGUUGUAUCAUCUGGACAUAAUGUAUGAUUAAAUGAAGGUAACGUGAAUGGUACGAGUAGACGAACUAUUGGGUUCUUGCUUGGUGCCCUCUUGUACA